AAAGUGAAUCUCUAAAUAAAAUCAUUCAAAAGAAGGCGGCAACACCAAGAGCAAGGAAAACGCUUCUGCGUGCUGCCAGCAAUUUGCGAAAAUGAUUGUGAAAAUGGAGCCCGACGAGCUAAUCACACUUCGUGUGCAGUAUCUGCUCGAUAGCGAUCCGCUGGAUGCCACCACCGCCUUUCCCAUUCCAGUGCGUGCACCCACUUACGCCUUUGCCACCACCAUGCCGCUGGCGACGCAGUUGGUCACCAUCCUGCGACUGCUGAAUGCACCACAGAGCAUUGAUGAUGCGGCCAUACAGGUGUACAAGGAUGGAGACUUUGGCGCCUAUCUGGAUCUGGAAUCAUCGCUGGCGGAGCAGACUGAGGAAAUCGAGGGGCUGCAGGCGAGUCGCAAAAACUCGUUGGUGGUGCGCACACAGCUGAGCGUGCGGGUUCAUGCGAUCAUAGAGAAGCUACUCUCCGCAGAGGGCAGCGAUCUGCGACGUGCGCUGUUCUCACUCAAGCAAGUAUUCCAGGAGGAUAAAGAUCUGGUGCAUGCCUUUGUUGCCCUCGGCGGUCUUAAUUGCCUUGUCCGCGUCGGCAACUGCGCCGAUCAGAACUAUCAAAACUAUAUACUGCGUGCCCUGGGCCAGGUCAUGCUAUACGUGGACGGCAUGAAUGGCGUUAUGAAGCAUCAGCCCACCAUGGAGUGGCUUUACUCGUUGAUCGCCUCCAAUUAUCGUUCUGUGGUCAAAACAGCGCUCAAGCUGCUGCUUGUAUUCGUAGAAUACGCUGAAUCCAAUUGCUAUGUACUGGUGAGCGCUUUGCACGCAGUGGAUAAUGCUCAGGGUACGCUGCCCUGGACAAAUAUAAUGAGACUUCUCAAAGACUAUGAUAAUGCAGAUGCAGAGCUCGUAAUCUAUGCUACAUCGUUAAUCAAUAAAACCUUAGCAGGACUCAAUGAUCAAGAUAGUUUCUAUGAUGAAAGUGAUUUACUGGAGCAGCAGGGCAUGGAGACAGUUAUACAGCGUUACAUGUCCAAGCCAGGCACUGAUCUCGAUCUGCUGGAUCAGCUGCAGUUAUAUGAGGCGGUCUUGAAAUUUGAAGAUGGUGAAUCUGAUGGCCAACGACUGCCUCAGAAUUCCAUGCGCAAGACGCAACGCUAUCGUCCCGGCUCCAAUACCACAGAGCGCCGCAAGUCCCGACGUCAUAGCACAGACAAUAGUCCAGCGCCCUUGACCAAGGUGCUGCCCACAGCGGUGCUACGCAUGACGCCCACUCAGGCCACAUUGGAUGAGGACGACAGCUCCGGCUCUGCCAACUCUACAGAGUUCAGCAGUGGACUGUUUCAAGAGAAGAAACCACGGGAUAUGGCUGGCGUUACGCCAGGACUGCGUCGGCGUCGUGAGCGCGCUGAGCGUCAUAAGAGUUUCCUUAAAGAACAGGAGGAGGCAGCUGCCAAUGGGAUAUUCGCUUUGCAGUCAGGUCAGCGUGAGGCCUACGGCCAAAUUGUAACCGCCAUACCUGCUACCAUACAAAGCGGCGAGAGUCCACCGCAGUCUUUGCUGCCUGAGCUAGCUAACAACAAUGCAAAGCACACGAACAACAACAGCAACAACAACAGUGGCUGCAUUAUUGAGACGCCCAACAACAGUUUGCUCCUGAGUCCCACCAAGCAGCUGCUGAGCGGCAUCAAUAGCAUCUCCAUAAUCAACAACAGCUUUGACAAGCUUAACAAUAACAGCAAUAGCAAUAGCAAUAGCAAUCAGCAUGAGUUCCUUACCAAAAAGAAUCUCUUUCGGGAGCGCAACGCAACUGUGAUCAAUGGCAUUAAGAAGAAUAUACAGCAGACAGACAGUGCCUACAAAAAGUAUGAGAACGAUGAAAAUCGGCUUAACAACUACUACACGCAGCUAAAUCAAUCGCCCAAGCAUCAAACCCCCACACAGGAUGUGCUUUCACCUAAGAAGGCUUUGAAUGCCACAGACUUUGACUUUACGCCACUUAGCCCUGCAGCGCUUAAGUUGGAUUCACCGCCGGAACCAGCGCCGCUGAGUCCGGUACAUAAGCCUGCGGCUGUGGUGCCGCCGCCACCGCCACCACCACCACCGCCUCCGCUAGGCUGGUGGAUUUAUCCAGUUGCCAAAGCUGCUAGCUCCCUAACCAGUACUAACAAUCAGUCCAAGCAAAUCAGUGUGGAGUCCACAGAUCUGGAUGGAAAGGACAUGCUGCUGCAGCUAAAACGCGACCAUACGGUUAAGGAUCUAACCCAGAAGCUAAGUAAUCUGCCCACCAGUCCCACACAGGAAUCGGGACAACGCGCCAUUGUGGGCGACAUGUCUGGUCUCAUUCGAAAGCCAAAGAGGGGCUGCAAAAGCGAAGAGCAAGGUGAAAUUGUUCGAGCCUCAUCAAGCGUUGAUCAGGAACUGAAAAAGUCCGAACCGAAGAAAUCUGAGAACGAACUACACUGGGAGGAAUUAGUGAGAGGUAUAACGCGACCUUUGAAUUUAUGCGAUAUGGACUUUACGGACUUGCAUUCGGACGAUGAGAAGGAUGUGCUGGCACCGCGUGGCUUGGGCGCUGGUAUACCACCACCACCGCCGCCGCUAGGUGGCGGUAUGGUGAUGCCACCACCCAUGAUGCCGCCCAGUCUGGCGCCACCACCGAUGUUUAGCUAUGGCGGCUAUGGCCCAAGUAGUCUGACCAAUAGCGUCAAUAGUUCCAUGAAUGGUUCGGAGAAUGGCGAUCUGGCAAAUGGGACAAAUACCAUAAGGAAGACGAAGAAAACUGUCAAGCUAUUCUGGAAGGAAGUUCGUGAGGAUAUGAUACCUCAGGUGGUGGGCAAAACCAUUUGGGAUGAGCUGCCCAAUGCCAAUGUGGAUACCCAGAAGCUCGAGCAUCUCUUUGAGUCCCGCGCCAAAGACUUGAUGACCAAGAAACAACAAGAGUUGAACAAAAGCAAAGAGAUCAUAGUGCUGGAUCAUAAGCGUUCCAAUGCCAUUAACAUAGCCAUGACCAAGUUGCCGCCACCGCGAGCCAUUAAAGCGGCCAUAUUGAAAAUGGAUGCUACGGUCGUAACACGCGAGGGCAUAGACAAGCUGUUGAAUAUGUUGCCGUCGGAUGAGGAGCGCGGCAAGAUACAGGAAGCAAUGAUGUCGAAUCCGGAAAUGCCGCUGGGCAGCGCUGAGCAAUUUCUGCUGACACUUGCCUCCAUUUCGGAGUUGGGAGCGCGCUUGAAACUAUGGGCCUUUCGACUGGACUUUGACAAUAGCGAGAAGGAAAUUGCCGAGCCACUGAUGGAUCUCAAGCAGGGCAUUGAGAUAUUGCGUCAGAAUCGCACCUUCCGCUGCAUUCUCUCCACCUUGCUCUCGGUGGGUAUUUUUCUGAACGGCGCACCUGUCAAGGGCUUUCAGAUUGAGUAUCUGGCCAAGGUGCCAGAGGUCAAGGACACGGUGCACAAGCAUUCACUGCUGCAUCAUCUUUGCCACAUGGUCAUGGAGACCUGCAGCGACACCAGCGAUCUCUACUCUGAAAUCGGCCCCAUAACACGCGCCUCCAAGGCGGACUUCACCGACUUGGCACACAACCUAACGCAACUGGAGUCUGAGUGCAAAGCCAGCUGGGAUCGUCUGAAGCUUAUAGCCAAGCAUGACUGUGCGCCGCCGCUGAAGCAAAAGCUUGUUGACUUCUUGGCUGACUGCGCCGAGCGUAUUAUAAUUUUACAAAUUGUGCAUCGUCGCGUCAUGAAUCGUUAUCGCAAGUUUCUGCUCUGGCUGGGCAUGCCGCAGCACAGUGUGGCAGAGUCGCGGCCAAAUGAGUUUUGUCGCACGCUCUCCGAGUUCGCGCUGGAGUAUCGCACCACCAGGGAGCGCGUGCAGCAGCAGCUGGAGAAGAAGGCCAAUCAUCGCGAGCGCAACAAGACGCGUGGCAAGCUCAUCAUAGACAUGGCCAAGUUCAAGGCUCAGACCAAAGAGGAUACGCAAGAUGCCGAGUUAAAGCAACUCUUGGGCACGGCCAGCGCAGACCAAGCCGAUGGCACACUCACCUGGCGACGUCGACGCGCGGAGCAGCUGCGUUCGCCCAUUGCGCGCCAAAGUGAGGAGCAGUUCACCGAUGGCGAUGAUGAAAUACUCGAAUCUCUGGUCAAGACAGCGACCAAGGCGUCUGGCACACGCACCACUCCCAGAGAGCGCAAGCGCACUCGCAAUGCGGAUCGCAAAUCAUUGCGCCGCACAUUAAAGAACGGUCUCACCGAUGAGGAGAAACAGCACGUGGCUGCUCUAAUUCAAACCUAUUAGAGUCCGCUCCACCAACUACAGCGUCAUUCCUCUACCAGUUGCAAUCCAAAUUUUAAGUCCCCCCCCCCACACACACACAUAAUAAACUUCAGUUUUGCCUUGUUAAUGUCACAAAGUCAGACUGGAAUUGGCGAUCUCACAAGAGCAGCGCGUAAACGCUAACCCCUUACCCCCCUACCUACUAUACGAAACUCAAAGCAAAUUCCCCGAAGAACUGAACAGUGGAACGAGCAAAGCUGCAACGAAAAAGUCCUUAGGAAAGCAAGAGGUUCUCUUGGGUUUUCUUUUUUAUAAUGAACUGUUACUUUGACUUUAUAAUUUUGUUUUUACUUAGCGCUAAGUAUUACCAUUAAUAACUAAAUAUAUAU